AUGGAGGGAAAGCGAGGCGGCGGCUUCAGCAAUGCGAAGAGGGGUUCCAAGUCCGAGAACGGCCGCGACAGUGACGAGAACCAUGAUGACGGCGAGCCCGAAGGGUACCGGUACAAAGCCGACGGACUCAUGAAGCAGUCGUUCAGCAUCACCACCUCGACCGGCCAGCACCUGCACCUCAUUGCGUAUUACUCGCGCCCCGUUUCGGGACAGCCAGAGCUCAAGCAGCCCACCACCGACCCCAAUCUGCGCAACUUCACUCCCGUCAAGGGCAUGUACCCUGAGACGAGCAUCGGCGACUCGCACCUCACCCCUGCAUUGACCCGUGUGCCAAUGCACCACACACCCGCCUACGCUGCGCAGCAGCAUUAUCCUCCUCAGCCAUACGCUCCCCAGUAUGGCCAGCCCGCCUAUGGCUGGCCGCAGGGCGCCCACCAGUACAACGGCCCCAUGUACCAGCCCGGAGUGCCCAUGCCCCCGCACAUUGUCUCGCAUGCCCAGCCUCCCCAGCCUAGCUUCCCUGCGCCUCAUUAUGAGCACGGGACUUUGCUGCCUCCUCCCCAGCGGAGGACAUAUCCUUCUCCUCCUCGCCAACACGACUCGCCCUUGCAGAACGUGUCCUCUGGCGACUCCCGACUCAACACGCUAGGUCAUGGCCCUCUACCCGCCCUCAACGCCGUGACAGCUGGCGCCCUAGGGACAUCUAUCGCGGCUGAGGCGCCUCCGAGCCGUGGCAACAGCAUCAGCCCCCCUCAGAGCUCGCACUCGGACGUCGCGCCCCGGACUAAGCUGCCCCAGCUGCUCAAUUCCCAGACUCUGCCUGCCCCCAGCGAGCCGCAUGUCAGGGGAGAGGACUCCAGGGCACUUCAGAUGCUGAACCAUAGCGACACAAUGUUCACCUUCUGCCCCCUCCAGGGCGCGCUCACGGAAUCCUCCGCGUCGCAGUCGCUACUCGAACUCGACGGCGGCGUCAAGGUCCUCGUCGACCUUGGCUGGGAUGAAUCUUUCGAUGUAGACCAGCUCAAAAAGCUCGAGAAACAAAUACCCACGCUCUCCCUCAUCCUCCUCACCCACGCUAAAGCCUCCCAUCUUGCCGCCUACGCACACUGCUGCAAGAACAUCCCGCUCUUCACACGCAUACCUGUCUACGCGACGCGACCGAUCAUCGACCUUGGCCGAACGCUGACCCAGGACCUGUACUCCUCGGCGCCGGCCGCUGCGACCACGAUAUCUGCAGAAUCCCUAUCCGAAACGGCGUACGCAUUCUCACAAUCGGCGGCCUCGCAGGCCCAGAACUUGCUACUGCAGACACCAACGCCGGAGGAAAUCGCGCGAUUCUUUUCACUCAUCCAGCCGCUCAAAUAUUCACAACCACUUCAACCGCUCUCUUCUCCGUUCAGUCCACCUCUCAAUGGCCUCACGAUCACGGCAUACAAUGCAGGGCACACACUCGGUGGAACAAUUUGGCAUAUUCAGCAUGGCUUGGAGUCGAUUGUAUACGCGGUGGAUUGGAAUCAGGCCAAGGAGAAUGUCCUUGCCGGCGCGGCAUGGCUAGGAGGCGCAGGCGGUGGUGGCGCCGAUGUGAUUGAAGCCCUGCGCAAACCGACAGCUCUCAUUUGCAGCACCCGGGGAGCCGACAAGACGGCACAGGCAGCGGGGCGAAGCAAGCGCGACGAGCAGCUCCUCGAUAUGAUCAAGUCCUGCGUCACUAGAGGAGGCACUGUGCUGAUCCCCGUGGAUUCGAGCGCGAGGGUACUGGAGCUAUCAUACCUACUGGAACACGCGUGGCGGACGGACGCCACGGCUGAGAAUGGCGGUGCGCUCAAGAGCGCCAAGCUCUAUCUCGCAGGACGAAACAUGGCGAGCACCAUGCGGUACGCGCGGAGUAUGCUGGAAUGGAUGGACGACAGCAUCGUGCAGGAGUUUGAGGCCUUUGCCGAAAAUCAGCGCAAGGUCAAUGGGGCAGGAGAAGGCAAGGCCGCCGGGCCCUUUGACUUCAAGUUCCUGCGACUUCUCGAGCGCAAGGCGCAGAUUGCCAAGUUGCUCUCGAGAUCCGUCGAGAACGUGGAGACGGAGGGACGUGUGAUUCUAGCCAGCGACACGAGCAUGCAGUGGGGGUUCUCGAGGGACAUUCUCAAGGGACUAGCCAAAGACUCGAGGAACCUGGUCAUCCUGACCGACCGACCUGGGCUUGCACCGGGUCAAUCACCGUCGAUAGCGAGGACAUUGUGGGAGAUUUGGAGGGAGAGGAAAGAAGGUGUUUCGGUCGAGUCAAGCAGCUCCGGGGAGGAUCUUGAGUUCGUCCAUGGCGGUGGGCAAUCGCUCGAGAUCCAGGAAGCGCAGCGGGAAGCUCUGGAAGGGGAUGAGCUGGACAGUUAUCAGCGGUGGUUGGCGACGCAGCGACAACUACAGGCGACCCAGCAAGCAGGUGGUGCUGGUGCAAUGGAGACCUCGGGUGAUAUUGUCGACGACGCAUCCGAGUCAUCGUCAGACUCGGAAGAUGAUGACGAGCAACAGGGCAAGGCCUUGAAUGUGUCCGCCCAGCUUGGUCAGGCUGGACGGAAGAAUGUGGUACUGAAGGAUGAGGACCUGGGCAUCAAUGUCCUGAUUAAGAAGAAAGGCGUAUUCGACUGGGACACGCGCGGCAAGAAAGGCAGGGAAAAGUCGUUCCCGCUCACGAUACGGCGGAAGAGGGGGGAUGAUUUUGGCGAGAUGAUCCGGCCAGAAGACUUCCUACGCGCCGAGGAGAAGGAGGACGACGCAGUCGAGGCUGGCAAACUGGCCGCGGAUGACGACAAGCUGGGCAAGAAACGCAAAUGGGACGACGUCGCGAAGACCGCACCCAGUAAAGCUGUCGCAGCGGGCGAGGACGAGGGCCACGGCGCACCAGACGGGUUUGUCGCCGAUGAACUGGACGAGAUCCAGGAUACGGAGCCUGAGCAGCCAUCAGGCCCUUCGAAACUGGUCUACACAACGGAAACGAUCACGGCGAACCUCCGCAUUGCUCACAUUGAUUUCAGGGGUCUCCACGACAAACGCAGCCUCAACAUGCUGAUCCCACUGAUCCAGCCGCGCAAGCUCAUUCUUGUCGGCGGCAAUCAGCAGGAGACCAUGGCUCUCGCAGAGGACUGCCGUGCCGCCCUCUCUGGAAACGUGUUUACCCCCGAGACGGGUGUCUGGGUCGAUGCAAGCGUCGACACCAACGCCUGGCUGGUCCGUCUUGCAGACCCGCUGGUCAAGAGGCUCAAGUGGCAGAACGUCAAGGGGCUGGGCAUCACCACCAUCAGCGGCCAGCUCCUGGCGCACACGCUCGCGCAGGAGAAGGAGGAACCCAAGGAGGAAGAGGCGCCGGCCAACAAACGACAAAAGAUGGACAACACGGCCGUCGCGCUCGUCAACCACUCGAUUCCCUCGUCGACACCUACCCUCGACAUUAUGCCGAGCACACUCAAGACGUCGUCCCGUUCUGCCACGCAGCCUUUGCACGUGGGCGACUUGCGCCUCGCGGACCUCCGGCGUGCGAUGCAAGGGGCAAGCCAUGUUGCCGAGUUCAAGGGUGAGGGUACCCUUGUCGUGGACGGGAGUGUCGCCGUGCGGAAGACGGCCGAGGGCAGGAUCGAGGUGGAGAGCAUAGGACUACCGUUGGGCGGGAGGCGGAACGCGCUUGUGGAGGUGAAGCGGGUGAUUUACGAUAACUUGGCCGUUGUCUUGGGCGCCUAG